AUGAAUCCAUCUAUGUCCGACGAGGCCUGGCAGCUGCUAAUUACAGAGGACAUUUUAGAAAAAUUUUUGGAACACACUAAUGCGAAAAUAACUGAGCUUAGUUCUAGAUAUAGAAGUGACAAUGCUUCCUUUACAAACCAUGAGGAUAUAGUUGAGCUCCGAGUGUUCAAAUCAGGUAGAGAAAAGGAAGAGAUAUCUUUCGAACAACCAUGUCCCUCGAGCGAUUUUUAUUUCUUUCGACUGCUGUACGAUUUGACGAUACAGGCAACCGUGCCGAAAGACUUGCAGCUGGUGAAACUGCUGCACCUAAUUUCGGACAUUUUCCAAAAAUUUGUCAAUAAUUGCGAGGAAAACUGUACAUGCUCUGAAUAUGCCACAGUUGACGAGAUGCUUGUGCCUUUCAGAGGCAAGAAUUCUCUGCGGCAGAGAAAUAAUCCCAGGGAAUUAUCUGUACCAACGCUAGCUGUUCUAUCACUCGUAAAACCUAUUGAAAACACCAAUAGAAAUGUAACCGGUGAUAACUGGUUCACAUCAAACGAACUUGUCAACGAGCUGAAAUCCAAAGGUCUCACUUAUGUGGGCACCGUGAGAAAGAAUAAAAGAGUUCCUCCAGAGUUUCAAGCCCAUAAACGUCGUGAGACAGAAAGUAUCCAACAAUGUGCGACAAAUGCAAGGGCAUCUGCAAGUAACAUUCUACUUAAAAAAAUUUUUGCUCUUCGUGUAAUAAUGACCAAAAUGGGUCCAGUGAUGAGUAAAUAA